AUGGAGGCUGCGGAGGGUCCUACGGCGGCUUUGGUGGCUGCGGCUGUGGCGGCUUUGGAGGCUGCGGCGGGGGCUGCGGCUGCGGCCCUGGCUGCGGGUUCGGCGGCUGUGGAGGCUGUUGUGGUGGCUGUGGAGGCUGCGGUGGCUGUGGCGGCUGUGGUGGCUGUGGGGGCUGCGGCGGCUGCGGCGGCUGCGGCGGCUGCUGUGGUUGUGGUAGCUGGGGCACCAGUCUCAGCAAGCCUUAACAAGGGGAGCCUUAAGAGGAAACGGGCUGUUUUUGCACAUUUCUCCCUUGGUGUGUUAACCAAGGUGGCGGCUGCGGCUGCGGCGGCUGCGGCGGCUGCGGGAAAGGCGGCCAGUGGCAAGGAGGUGGCCAGUGGCAGGGAGGUGGCGACGGCGCUCACCUCAGUCGCAACGGCUUCAGCUGUCGGUGGCUGUCAGAAGCAGUUCAAACCUCGUCACAAGCAGAGCAUGUGA